GCAGACUACUACCACCCUCCUCACUCCUACCGCCCUCCACAUUAACCACUACCACUAAUCAUCACUCUCGACAUGCCCGUCGUGCUCGACGAUGAGUUGCUUAUCCCUCCUUCCAUGAGGAGGCCCAAAAGGUACUACACCGCUGCCGGGUCGUACGGUGACCCCCGCGUCGAGACCACGAUAAUCGAGUCCCCCUCCCUGGCAUCGACCACUACCAUCGAACUCCCUCCCCACCAUGCCCUCACUCCUCCUCACUCCCCCAUCGUCGUUCAUGAGGACCACUACGCCCCCCUCCCGACCGAUAUUGAAUACCCUCGUGGCCGCGAAUAUGUCAUCCAUCCGGCCGGUCGAUCAGCCGCCUACCAUAAUCGGAUAGGAGGGGUAGGGGGAUUCGGUGGUGAGCUGGAUAUGGAUUACCCACAUGGACACGGACACGGACGGCGCUACUAUCGUGCGAGGAGUGUUGGUCCACUUUCGGACCAUGACAGCUACUCCGACGAUUACUACCUUGAGGAUGGUACUCGUCACGGGACCCACCAUCACCAUCAUGGGACACCACACGGUCAUCACGGCCGCCAUGGUCACCGUGCGAAACAUUUUCUGGGAGACGGCGCCGGACUCGUUGGUGCUCACAACCCUCGUGAGCAUAGGGAGCAUGGGGGACAUCUUCACCGCCGUUCAUCGUCUAGCCAUGGCCACAGAGGCCGACAUCUCGCCGAGGCCGCGGGUCUCGCCGUCGGCGCCAAGAAGCUUAUGAAGCAUAGAUCCCUCUCUCGCCCCGGCCGAUCCCAUUCCUCCCAUGGCCAUCAUCGGGCACGCCAUCUCGCCGAAGCUGGCAUUGCUGCCGCGGGGCUUGAUCACGCCUUGAACCAUCGUCGAUCACGCUCCCAUAGCCGCCAUCGACGCCUCAGCUCUGACUCGGAACGGCAUCCCGGAUGGAACAGGGACGAUCAUAAGGCCCAUCGUCGUGCCAAGCGCCUCGCUGAAGCAGGACUCGGUGUUGCUGCUGCGGGUGCCGCUAAGGAAUUACACGACCGCCGUAAACACCAUCGCUCUUCUUCGCUAUCUUCGUCGGGUGGGGAACGCAACCAUAACGGACGCCACAUUGCUGCCGCUGCACUGGGCGCCACAGCUGCCGGGCUUGCCCACCACAAGUACGCUCACCACCGUCGCCGUUCCUCUUCCGUUUCGUCUUAUUCCUCCAGUUCGGAUGACGAGAAUAAACAUCGUGGGCGCAAGCUUGCUGGCGCCGCGGUUGGCGGUGCAGCUACGGGCCUUGCUGCCAGGGCGCUUUACGAUCGUCAGAAGAAUAGAUCCAGAUCCUCUUCAAUCUCAUCAUCACUCUCGGAUGGGGACAAUCGCCAUCAUCGGCAUAGACUCGGGAAAGCGGCGCUCGGUGCAGCAGCAGCCACCGCCGGCUUGAGGCACCACCAUGGCCGUCGUUCCCGCUCCCGUUCCCGUGCCCGCUCUAGCUCCCGCGAGCGAAGAAACCAUGUCGAUGGACUGAAGAAGGCCGGGUACACUAUGGCCGGAGCUCUUGCAGAGAAGUAUCGUCGCGAUCAUAAACGCGGUAGAUCGCUUUCUGCCGACGGGCGCCGCUACGGUGGGCGCCACGAUGGUCACCAUAAUGGCCAUCAUAUCACACACGGCCAUCUUAAGCCUGGCCAAGGUUUUGUCGAAAGUGAGAGCAUCCAUUCAUCACCAAGCAGGACUGGAACUCGUUCCCGUCGCGGCAGUCACGGAGGGGGGGUGCUAGGCAGGGGUGCGGAUCCCUCUGCCACGAGAAACAUUGGAGAGACGGUUGCGUAUAAGAUUGGAGAAGCAGUGGCUGAGGGACUGAACGGAAGGAGGAGAUCGGGUAGCAUGGGUCAUAGGAGAUAAAUGGCCUAAUCAUGUACCUUUAUGAAUGACUUUCUUUUGUUGCUGCAUGUGUGGAUAUGGCAUUUUUUCUUCUUUCUUCUCUCGUUAGGUUGGUUUGGGUGGAGCAUAAACGAAGUAAUAUAAUUUUCUCUAUGAAGAGUAUCUCCUUGAACUGUUGGAAGUGAGCUUGUAUCGAGACCAUGAGUAAUAUAUCAUACGUGUAAUGGGUCGGGGAAAUUUUUUUCCCGGGGACAGAAUACAAUGAACCCCGGAUCAAGCUUGAUUGGAAUCCAGAGAAUAUGUUACGCAGGCACGAUUCCAGAGAAACAUGGAUUCAAUACAUCCCUCAAUCCCCCAAUAACCCGAUCCUAUCUUUUGGUCGGGAUCGAUUCUGAAACUCGGGGAAAGGGGAUGGGGCGAAGGUUUAGCGAUGGUAGGGAUGGUAUUAUAGGUAGGGGUAGUGUGGGGCGGG